AUUUACCUCAGAUGGGCCGAGGGAAAAGCGGUCAGCUAGACACUGCUGUACAUCACACUCACAUGCGUCUUUCUUUCCAACAAACCCCAUCAUUUACCAUCUUGUAUUAUUCUGUCACUAACAAGACUACGACAUGCGGAAUCCCUUUCGUUCAACAGCUCGCUCCGACGAGCAUGCCUAGGAGACAGGCCGUCCUCGCGCUGCCGCCACCUUCACCGCGCCUUUCUCGCGUCUCUCAAACCGCGUCGGUUCUCCGACAGCCCCAGAUAAUCGGCAAGAGCGGCAACGCGAUGAAGAAGACGCGCCUUUCUUUUACAAUCCUAACGACUGGACGCACAAACGCGACCUCCACAAUAAUGCUGUCAGUCUCUUGAAGGCCAAGGACAAACACCAACGGCCACGACUUGUCGUCAGGAAGGUUCUCGAAGAUGAAGAUAGCGUCACCAACAAGAAGUCUCAUGAGGUUCAGAUGCUCAAAAUCCUCCCGCGCCACAAAAGGAUCGUCCAUCCCCUUACAUGGCUAACGAACUCAUCUGGAAUCGGUGAAACGAUCUCUGAGUACUAUCCCAACGGUGACGUGGAUCAAUGGUACAAUCGCCACUAUGGUUCCAAGAAGGCGGUCCCGGAGGAUUUCAUAUGGCGUUUCUUCGUGCAGAUGACACAAGCACUGGCGUUCAUCCAUGGAGACAUUCCCCCAGAUCAUGCAGAGCCGGGUGUCAUGGUUCACCGAGACAUAAAACCGAAGAAUGUUUUGGUCACGUACAACGACACCAAGUAUCCCUCCUUUAAGUUGUGUGAUUUCCAGCUUGCCAUGGUCUGGACAACGGACAGUAGUGAUAAGGAGAACUAUAUCGGAACAUUUGAAUGGCAGCCUCCGGAGAACCCGAAAAUCAACACCAAAGCGGCUGAUAUCUGGUCGUUGGGUGCCUGCGUUCAAUUUCUUGCGACUGGACAAGAACCAUGGCGGGAUGGUCGGCGGGAUCGGGACCGUUGUUGGCAGGAGAUACAGGCACACUUGGGGCGGUAUGCAAGAGCGGAGCAUUUCUUCUGGGCGCGACUUCCGAGACGAAUAAUCCCAAUCGAUUAUGACCGGACACAACAGCUCGGCCUUUGCGCGACUGGCCAAAUAUACCCUCAAUACAGUAGAGAGUUGUACGACUGGAUGAGUGCUUGUAUGGCGAAGGAGCGCGCGGACCGGCCGACAACAGCUGUGUUAUUACAGGACAUGCGCAAUGUCGCGCGAGGAAGAUUGAGCAAAAAGGCGUGGGACGACAUGGAACUUUGACGUCCUAGACAGCAUCCUUCCAUAUCCUUAUGAUAUGUAGCUUCUCCCAACCAGCUUUCUUUCCGCUUGUGCCGACUGUCUCUGCUUGCCAUCCAGAUGCCCUGUCUCUUAUCUGCUGUUUGACAGUGUCUGGCUUGUUCUGUGCACACAGCAGGACGUAACCUACCCCGCGCC